AUGGGUGUGUUCGCUGGCGCCAGAUAUCAGCCAGCUCUGCAGAUGUUCGGUGCAGCGUUUAAUAUCAUGUGCGGGCUUACCUGGGCCAUUGUUUUCCUCGCCAUGGCGCACAAGGCGAGUGCCAGGUUUAUCUUUACAGAGUUUAUCAAUACGAGCGGUUGGACGAGUGAUGGGUGGGUUUUUAUUUUGAGUCUUUAUGUGCCUAUUUAUGGGCUUUAUGGGUCGGAUGGGGUUAUGCAUUUGUCGGAAGAAAUGAAGAAUCCCUCCCGAGAUGGUCCUCGGGUUAUGAUCUGGUCGAUGGUUUGGGCUGGUGUUACGGCUUGGGUCUCGGCUGUCAUCAUGUGUUAUACCGUUGGGACAAACUGGGAGUCCCGGCUGGAAAUGCUAUCGAGUUACUUGUCCUGGUUCAUGGAUGCGACACGGUCCAUCUACGGCGGUGGAGUCUUCUGUGCUAUUAUCAUGAUGGGAUUGAACAUGUUGAUUGUCCUGAAUCAAUCCACAGCAAGCGCUCGGCUCAUCUGGAAAAUGGCUCGUGAUCGCGCAUUUCCCCGCUCUGAUUACCUUUCCCAUAUCUCUCCGUACUUCAACAUUCCCAUUCGCGGUCUGGUGGCUUUCUUCAUCAUCAAUGUCCUCAUAGGACUCAUCGUGCUCGGGUCCGAUCUCGCCUUCAACGCUAUCCUCUCUGGCGGCGGCAUCGCCCUCCAAGUUUCGUACUGUAUCCCGAUCCUCUGCGUGGUGCUGAGAGGACGCAGCAAGGUCCUACGAGAAGGUCGGCAGUUCGACCUUGGUAACUUCUGGGGAUAUGUGGUAAACUUGCUUAGUCUCGCCUGGAGCGUUGUCGUCGUUCUGUUCUAUGUCUUUCCUCAAUACCUGCCUGUCGUCGGCGAAAUAUCCGAUAUGAAUUGGGCCAUUGCCAUUCUGGGUGGCGUGGUCAUCCUGGCUAGUGUGUCGUGGUUUUGGACGGCGAGGAAACAUUAUAUGAGGGGUGCUGGCCCGGUGUUGUUCGGGGGGAAUGCCGAGGCAACGCCCGAGUACAGGCUAGGGUUAACGGAUGAAGAGUAG